AUGGAACUUUCGCCUAAAAAAGCCAAACUAUCCAAAGUCCUGAUUCGCCUGUGUGAUGCCUUCACUCGUACUGAUGAAAACAUUAUUUGCCCUCUCAUCAAAGCAGAAAACUCUGUCCGUGUUCUCUACAAACUGCAGAAAAAGGUUUUACUCAGAAUUGUUCAGAAAGCUGGUGCCACAAAUAGGCUCACUGACCCAACCUUUCUGUGGAAAUCAGCAGCCUCGGGCAGGAAGAUGGAAGGCAAUUUAUUUGUUGAAUAUUCCACUUCUCAGAGUUUUAAGGAAAACAACCUGAAACAAUACCAGAAAACACUGGCACAGAAAUUGACAGAGGAGUCAAAAGUAAAACACGUUUUGAUUGAUUGUGUUAGAAACACAGAAGAGAUAAUUCCACAGCCGAUAAUCUUAGAAACCAGUUUUGAACUCCACAAGCUUAAACUGUGCUAUGAAGGCCUUAUACAAAUCUCUGAAGAGUUUGACGAAGGACUCGAUCUUAUUGUAGUCGCUGAUACCAUCAAAUCCAACUCAGAUGACUUAAGAGGACAAUAUACAAAGUUUGCGGUUCUGUCUCAGAAUGGAAAAGGGAAGAGUUUCAUCCUUAACCUGCUCUUACUUCUAACAGCAGAUAACAAAAAAGAAUAUAGUGAAAAUAAUCGGAAUUUAAAGCUGCCACAGGAUAUCAUGGAAAACAAAACAGUGGAAGAGAUGGAAGAAGAUGAAUAUCUGCCAGAUGUGGUAAAAGAUGUUCUAAAAACAGCACUGGACAAGAAACAACAUGCUAGAAGUGUAAUAGAACCUUUAUGCCAUCAGCUUCCAAGGGUCAUCCAACAAUCAAACAAUUUAUAUUCAAAUUUGGGUGACUAUUUUUCUACAAGGAACAGAAUAGAUGUAGAACCCUUCAUCCUUGCUCAGAAAGAGCUAGAGGGAAGCUAUGAAUCUACUACAAAAUGCAUUAUUCAUUUGAGAUAUGGCACAGUUUACCAAAUGAGCGUGAAUUACUUUACUGAAGAAGAACUUCAACAACAACUAUUUGAUUUGGUGACUUUGAAUGGAGAAGACUCAAGUGAGAUGGAUGAAUCAAAUGAACAUGUAAAAGACAGAGCUCUAGACUGCUUGAAGGCUCGGUUUAAAAUUCUAACUGAUCACAAAAUUCCCAGUGAUUUACAGGAAAUGAAAGGCGCAUUUCUGUCUCCAAAAGAUAUUGUUCUUUCUGAUGAUGUCCAGAAGUUUGCAGGAAAAACAGAAUUAUAUUUCGGAAAUGGGAGAGAUGCCAAGAAUGAUCGUCUAGCUAUGCAGGCUCUUGUAAGGCAAUUAACAACUUCCCAAGAGGAAGACAAGGACAAAGCUGAUGAAUACAAAAAGAGAAUUGCCGCUGUCAAGGAAAUAGUCAUUUAUUUGCCCAGCAAAAUAUUGUAUGGUGGCAAAGAAAUUCUGGAAAUGCCAGGAACUGAUGAUUCUGACCCAAUAGCAAUGGAUUUUAUCAAAACUGCUUUGAAUGAGGUGGAUGCAGUCAUUGUUGUAAGUGAUUUUGCUUUCAAGAUUGCCGAAAAAGAAGUGAAAGAUAUGCUGUUUGGCAGUGGUUUUGCAAACUACUGGAAAGAAAACCCCUGCAAUUAUAAGCUCAUGCUCCUUGCAUAUCCAGAAAAGAACCAUAAAUGGCAAUUUGGAAAAGAUAACUCAGAGGCUAUUAAAAAACUGGAAGAUGAAGAAAAGAAGAAAAGAAAUGCAGAGUUGAAUUUGAUCAGCAAAACGUUGAGGAUGGACACUUUACCAGAUGACAUGAAGAACAGCAUCAUCACAGCAUACAUAUUGCCCGUAUUACACACAUCUAUUCUUGCACAAACUACAGCACAGGGAGAAGAAUACAAAAUAUUUCAAAAUGAUCAAACGUUUUUGAAGUACACUGGAAUUAGCAAUCUCAUAACUAUAAUUGAUGAAUUUGUGUCAUCGAGACAAAAUGUAACCACUGAAGAGGUAAAAGCACAGAUUUCACAUUUUCAUUAUAAGAUCCAUUCAGGAAGAAUUACAGCUGCUGCAAGAUCAGUUCUGCAUGUGCUAAACAAUAGGGAAACCAAAUGUAUUGUGGAGUCUAAAAUUAAUAGGAAUAUUGAAGAACUGUUGAUUUCCUUCGAUAAGAGCAUAAAAGAGAUGCUCUAUGAAGUUGCAGAAACUGAGUUGGAAACUGUCUUAAGAGAAAAUAUCGAACAGGCAACCACAAAAUGGAAACAGUAUAAGGAAAAAAUUAAAUCUGUUGGGGUUUUCAGUCCUCACUUUUAUGGAAGAAAUCCUGUGUACAAGGUUUUACUAAACAAUAUUUUCUUUGAUGGCUUAGAAGAAAAAAAAGGACACAUUUUCCAGGAAAUUAAAAUCAGAAUUGACGAUUUACUCAAAAAAUACAAGAGAAAAAUCCUUGGACAGUGUAGGGAAGACCUCAAUAACUUGCUAGGGGACAACCAUGAUUCCUUCACUUUGGAAUUUGUCCAAAAUACCAUUGAAAAUGAACUGGAUGGUGCACUUGCAUGGUAUUUAGGGAAGAAAAGGCGCCCUUUCAAUGAGAAAACAAUGAAAAAAUGUUUUGAAGAUUGUCAAAAUCAAAGUUUUAAAAAAUACAUUCUCGUACCAAAUUAUAACAUCAACCAUCCUUUGGAAACUGCAAAACAAAACACUGAACUAAAUAUCGAAAAUUGUAUAAUGGAUAUAAAAGAACCUUUUUUAAUCAAGCUGUCUGCUCUGCAUAAGGAGAGAACGAAAAGCCUUUAUGGAAAACUCGUGACGUCUAAAGGAGUUUCUAAAAUGUGGCAGCGGCUGGUGCAGCAAAUGAAACAGAUUUCUCGGCUAAGAGCCGAUCACAAGCCCACAGAAAGUCUUGAUGAUUUAUUUCACAUGAUGUCAGCAAACUUACAUGAACCCUAAUGGAUAUGGAGAUUCUCACAUCCAUGAAGAAAUGACCAGAAAGAAAUGGAAAACAACAUUUCUAUUUAACUUUUUAGAUUAGAUUAGUUUUGUGAUUUAUAAUGACAAUCUUACUUUCAGAUUGAUACUAUAUUGUUCUUUCCUUGGUGCCACUAAUUUAAAUAUGCUGGCAGCUUUAUAGUUAAAUUGCCCAUGCCAUCCCUUGAACUUUUGCUUUCUUUAGUGCUGGUAUAAGACUCCAGUUCAGUACUUGACUGUACUACAUCCUGACUUUCAUUUUUCCAAAGGGAGCCACCAUCAGAACUACAAGCAGCUAAUGCACAAAAACAAUUUGUGAAUAAAAAUAUUGGUUCUGGGGAUAACAUGUUGAUUGUCAUGGUAGGGGACUGAAGAUUUAGUUACUUUUUAUUCAGGCAGUCCCCUAAGUUUAAGACAGCUAAGUGGGUCCUUAGUUAUGGAUGGUAAUAUAUUUUCUUUUCCUGUGUUAUUCUCCUAGCAGUUCAGUAACUGUUCU